AAAUCAUGAUUUUUUUUAUUAGAAGUUAACUCCAGUUAACUCUAGUAAUUGCGGCUAACUUAACUCGUAGCGUAACUCGCGAGCUGCGAUUAACUCUUAACUCUAACUAUGAGUCGAAAUCUCGUAACUGCCCAGGUCUGCUCGACAGCUGUUGGAACUUGGAAUCUCGGAGCCUUUCAAGUUUAAAACUUUAUCUAAAAGCUGAAAACUUAUUUUUUGAUUCACAACUUUCACAUGCUGUACUUUAAUUAUAUAUUUUAUUUAGUGUGUUAUAAUGUUAUUUGUUACAUUGACGCUGCGUAUUACGUAUUCGCUUGCACGUGUCGCUGGCUGUCACUGAACUCAGUGAACUGGUAGAUUCUGUUUUACCAUCUGGAACCUGAACAUGCACGGUGACAAAAUGGUCGACGAAGCAACGAAAAAGACACUCAGCCAAAUUCCAUUGUUGAUGACCAAUGCAGGACCUCGGGAAAAGGAUUUAUGGCCGCAGCGGAUGAAGGAAGAGUCGCUGUCGCUUAUCAAAUACGUGGAGAAUAAUAAAGCUGCGGACAACGACUGGUUUCGUUUGGAGUCUAACAAAGAAGGCACCAAAUGGUUUGGAAAGUGUUGGUACAUCCAUCAGCUGCUUAAGUACGAAUUCGAGAUCGAAUUCGACAUUCCAGUAACAUAUCCUGGCACUGCGCCCGAGAUUGCCAUUCCUGAACUGGAUGGGAAGACAGCGAAGAUGUAUCGAGGAGGGAAGAUUUGUCUGACGGAUCAUUUUAAGCCGCUUUGGGCCAAAAACGUUCCGAAGUUUGGAAUUGCUCACGCACUAGCGCUGGGGUUGGGCCCCUGGCUAGCCGUGGAAGUUCCGGAGCUCAUAGAGCGUCAGGUCAUUAAGAAUAAAGAAGGAGGAGAUGACGGCUUAUCCGGUAUGCAACGGAAAAGUGCUGAACUCUGCUCCAUGGAUAGCUUCUCGGGUGGCUACUCUGCUACCUCCGACGACUUGCUUGUGAAAACGAAUAGUGAUGAUCAGGAUUUAAAGGAUGUUUUUAUUGGUCGAAAUCGUUUGAUUGGUUGGCUCUACUAUCCUUUUUUUGAGAUUGCAGUGAAAGGCUGCUUCGUUAGAUUGUCUUAUUCCAAAUCAGAUAUCGCGACAUAUUGUGACAAUAUUCGGGAUGAAGAAAAGGAGACGGAGUUGACUUACAAGAUCGGGAAGAUUCUUAGCGUUGUGGAGACUCGGUCACCGUAUUCCUUUUUUCUUUAUAUUCGAACCAAGAUUCCGGAUCAGCCAAAACCGAUUCAAAAACCCGUGAUGCAUUUCACAUCAGUCUAUCUCCAAGUGGAAAUGCCUAACGGCGAGCAGGAGAAGCUGCCCCUGCGGAAUGUCUCCAGUGUCGCGCCGAAGGAUAGCGAACUACAGCUUUGCGGUAUGCCCUGGCCCAGUUCUUCCGUCUUAAAGAAAAAGGCAGCAGAUUUGCAAAUGUGGAAGAGUUACAGAGUGACAAAGGACGAUGUCGAACAUAAGGACAAAUAUAUCGAAAAACUCGAUCAGGGAUCUGCUCGAUGGGUUUCACUACCAGAGAUGAAGAGCGAUUUAAUGAAACUGAAAAAGGACGCCAUGGCAGCGGGUGACCAAAAAGCUGCUGAACGGUUUCAGCAUGAGUUUGACGUAUUCAAUAACGUUUGUAUCGGUUGACGAUCGUGUCAGCCUUUCCCGCAUUAACAGCCGACAGAUCAUGAGAAGGUGGAUUAACCAAACCACUGGAACAGAGAAAAGCUGUUGUUAAUUUUUUGCUGUACUAUGUUCUUAUAUUUCUCUAUAGUAGCGCUUUAUCAUGGUCUGUAUAUAUAUACAGACCAUGGCUUUAUAUUUUAUCGCAUCUGUAACAAAUUAUCAGUUGAGGAGCAGAGCGGUGUUUGUUUGGGUUGUUAAUGGUUAUUAUCGCUACUUUAUGUGCGGUAAUUAUGGGUGUUAUGAUUUAUUAACAAGAAAAUUUUUGUACUGAACUUUAAUUGCCCGCGGAAUGUUACAAGUCUCUUUCUUCACUCCAAUGUGCACUAAUACAGCUUUAGCGAACAUUGUAAUGGAAUGGUGUUUGUGAAUAUUUUUGAGUUUACUAUUUUUGUCCGUUUGUAAUCAGUUGUAUGCGUGCCAUCUUGUCCUAUGCGUAAGGGGAUUA